UAAAGAUUGUCAUGAUCGAGAAACACUUCAUUUGAAAAAGAACGAGACCACAUUUAGUUGUUUGAAAAUUCAGUUUUAGCACUGGAUCAAUUAGAAAUUGAUUUCCUUCCGCAUAUUGUUGUAAUACAAACAUAAGCUUGAACUUGCAGCAAACGAAAAGUAAACGAAGUAUAUGGUCAAUUCUCGCUCAGUAUUGUUGAAAAGAAUUGUCGAAAAAUGUCGAGAAAAGGUGGAAAGAAGAAGAAGGAAAUUCAGGGUACCCUGAGCAGAGAACUUGAUGAAGUACAAGCAGGACAAAGCUGUUCAAGAGCUGGUAAUGAGACUGGAUCUCAAGUUCAACCUUCAUCAAGUCAACCUCCUCAAGCACGAGGGGGCAGAGGCAGAGGCAGAGGUCGUCCACUAGAGCUAUUACAGCAACAGCAGCAGCCUGGUCAACAGCAACCUCAGCAACAAGAACAAAGUUUUCAAGCUUCAAGUUCAGGGCAACAAAGACAGAGUUCUGAUAGAGAACGAGGAAGAAGUUAUCACGGUCGAGGUAGAGGAUUCUCAGGUGUAAGGCAUGAGAGAUUGGCUCCUGGAUCUGGACAUGGACAAAGUUCAAGAUCUGCCCUACCAUUGCAGCAAGGUCUGCAGCAAAGAUCAGUUCAGAGUCUUGAGCCACAACAACUCCAACAAUCUCAUACAUCUGUAUGGAGGCCAAUGCCUCAAGCACCUCAAGAGAAAGAAAUUGAACAAGCUCAACAUUUGCGUCAACCUGCAUGGAUGCAACCUCAACAAUCAACAUCAUCUCUUCAACAAACUCCCCCAAAAUCACCGCAGUCCAAAGACUUUCCUGCACCUAUGUGGGAGUCAGUGCUGCAAUUACCUCAGGAGAAAGAACCUCAAACUCCACAAUCACGCCAACCUGCAUGGAUGCAGUCAACUAGAUCUCUUCAACGAACACCUCCAAAACCACAGCAUUCUACGAAACAAAUACCUGUUAGUAGAUUACCUGCUGCUGAGAGUGUCACUGAAGCAUUAUCUGAUUUAUCAUUAGAGCAACAGUCCUCUAGUUUGCAAUCAUCAUCUUCAACAGAUGUUAAAAAAAAAGUUUCUGUGGGAACUUUGAAGAUUCCACAACGCAAAGACUUUAAUAAAGCUGGAACUUUAGGACAAAAAAUAUCAGUUCUUACCAACAUGAUUCAAAUUAGUUUUGGAAGACAGUUCAAAUCAAAGGUGAUUCAUUAUGAUGUUGAUAUUGUACCAGAUAAACCCAAACAUCUUAUGAGAUGUGUAUUUGAAACAGCCCAAAAGGAAUUAUUUCCAAAAAGAUUUCCAGCAUAUGAUGGGAUGAAGAAUAUAUACAGCGCAGGACUUUUACCUAUUGAAGUUCCAAAAACUAUUAAUGUUACUGUAAUCACUGAAAAUGGCAAUGAAAAGAUGUUCAAAAUUACAUUCAACAAAGCUGCUGACCUUGAUUUAGCUUGGCUUAACAAUUUUGGACCUGGUCAAGAAAUUGAAAGAAAUCAAAGCUGCAUACAGGCCCUUGAUAUAAUACUACGUACGGCUCCAGUAUUGAAAUCUACACCUGUUGGAAGGUCAUUUUUUACACCACCAGCAGAAAGUGAUCUAAAGUCCUUGGGAGGAGGUAUGGAUCUCUGGGUCGGACACUUUCAAUCAGCAAUUUUGGGCUGGAAACCAUUUUUAAAUGUUGAUGUGGCUCACAAAGGAUUUCCGACACCUAAACCAGUUAUAGAAGUAAUAAAAGAGAUAAUUCUUAGUCAUUACCCCAAACCGCCUGAUGGAAAACAAGAACCAAUGGUAUUAACAGCCAACCUUAUCAAUCAGCACAAGGAGGAUAUAAGCCAAUUUUUAACUGGUGUGAAAGUUAUUUAUGAAAUUCCUAAUGAAUCAAGCUCAAAAAGAAUCCAACCAAUCAUUGGAUUUGUCACAUGCCCAAAAGAAAAUAGUUUUGAGCUUAAUGACGGUCGAGUAGUUACCAUUGAGCGAUAUUUUCAAAUAAAAAAAAACUAUAUUAUAAAGCAUCCAGAUUAUCCUUGUUUAUGGAUCGGCAGGAGGGAUAGGAAUGUUCAUGUUCCAUUAGAACUAUGUAAAGUCUUUGAAGGGCAAGCAACUUUAAAGAAAUUGAAUGAUAAUCAAACUGCUGAAAUGAUACGCCAUUCUGCUACUAAUACGGAAGAACGUAAAAAUAAAAUAAUGGAUGCAUUCAGGAGGAUGGGUUACAACGCAAAUCCGUGUAUGAAGGAAUUUGGUAUUUCCGUAAAUGGAGAAUUUACGACAGUUCCUGCUCGAGUUUUAAAUCCACCAACAUUGAAAUACAAAAAUAAUACUGUUACUCCGUUAAAAGGACAGUGGCGUAUAGAUGGAUCAGAGUUUCUACAGACAACUUCAUCAAUUUUCAAGGACAAUUCUUGGACAAUUUUAAAUCUCAAUUUUCGAACUCAAGAUCGUGAGCUUUAUGAUUUUGCUAACGAAAUGAAGAAAAUAGCUGCAACCUUCGGUCUCACUAUUGGGAAAUUUGCUACGCCAUUUCAAAAGAUAGAUGUAAGACGUAUGGUGAACUGCAUGGGAAAGCUUAGAGAUUAUUUCCAAUAUCAGAAGAAGAUUGGAAUAAAGCUAAUAAUCGUUAUAAUUCCAGAUGUGAAAGGCCCAUACUGUUGGGUUAAACAAGUUUCGGAAUUGAAUGUUGGAAUAUUAACACAAUGUUUAAAAAGCAAAACUUUGUUUAAAGUUCAAAAGGAUAGAAACCCUUUUACAUUGACGAAUAUAUUAUUAAAAAUAAAUGCUAAAUUAAAUGGUAUCAAUCAUAUGAUAGCAGAAGAAAGUAAACAGCUAUAUGAGUUGCCAUUCUGUCUUAAAAAACCAUGCAUGAUAGUUGGUGCAGAUGUUACGCAUCCAUCGCCAGAUUCAAAGAGCGUUCCAUCAAUAGCAGCUGUGGUUGCUAGUCAUGAUCCACGAGCCUUUCAAUAUAAUAUUGAAAUGAGAUUACAACCUCCAAGGCAGGAAAUUAUUGGAGAGCUAACUGAAAUUAUGAUAAAACAAUUGGAAUUCUUUUUUGAAAAAACUGGGCACUGGCCUCUUAGAAUUAUUUUCUAUAGAGAUGGGGUUAGUGAGGGUCAGUUCAUGCAAGUAUUAAAAGAGGAACUCACAGCUAUCAGAAAAGCUUGCAAAGCAGUCAAGGUAAAAGUAGAGAACCACAUAAAACAGAGCUAUGAGCCACCGAUUACUUUUUUGGUUGUCCAAAAAAGACAUCAUACAAGAUUUUUUCCAGUAGAUCCUAAAGACUGUGAUGAUAAAAAUUUGAAUGUUAAGGCUGGAACUAUUGUUGAUACGGUAAUUACUCAUCCAACCGAUAUUGAUUUUUACCUGGUAUCUCACGCAAGUAUACAGGGUGCUGCAAGACCAACUAAGUACAGAUGCCUGUGGGAUGACGCUGACAUGAAAGAAAACGAAAUCGAACAAUUGACAUAUUACUUAUGCCAUAUGUUUUCUCGUUGUGCUAGAUCAGUUUCAUAUCCAACACCAACAUACUAUGCUCAUUUAGCAGCUUUUAGAGCAAGGGCAUUAACACAGGAUGUGAUCAUUGAUUUGAACAAUUUACCUCGAGAGCAAAAGAAUAAAUUGACUGUGACACCAGAUUUUCUGAGGAGCUCACCAAUGUUUUUUGUAUAGUUGUACAAAAAAAGUUUCAAAAUGAUCAUCGUCUAAUGGUUUUAAUCGUAGUAUUUAACAUUUUUCAAUUAAAAAAACAAUUUUACUUUAAAAAAAUACAUUUGAGAAUAUCAAGUGUUAGUCAAAUUUACUGUUACUUGUAUUAGUCAAGAAUAAGUAAUAUUUGAAGAAAUUGUGCUAUAACAUUUAUAUUCUUGAUUAUAUCUUUUAUAAAUUUAUUUUAUUGAUCGAAGAUCAAUCAAAGUACCUAAAUAAAUUCUAAAGCUAGCAUAACAUAAAAAAAUCAAA